UUAGCGCACUUAAAUGACGCUGCUCAAUGCGACGGAGAACACGUGAAGGACCCUGCUCUAUGUAAUCCGCAUACGCUCCGCUUCAAUUAAUAUUACAGACAGAAGGGAAAUAUUGCGAAAACUGCUCUUCAUUUGUUGGUUUACGAUCAUUACAUAUUAAAGAUGUCUUGUUUAGGUGGUGAUCCCAACUUCUGCCCAGAAUGUGGGAAUGUUCUUCCUCUUCCCGGAAUACAGGACACGGUCUAUUGCCCUCACUGUUCCUUCUUCAUCCCUGUAACAGAGUUUUCAGGUCAAGAAAUCCAAUCUAUGGUUAUCUUUAACCUUGUUGAGCAGUCAUCAGUCGCUCUGGAUGAAGAUGAGGACACUGAACUAAAGGGACCUGUGAUUGACAGACGGUGCUCUCAUUGCAAUAAAGAGGGAAUGGUUUACCACACCAGGCAGAUGAGAUCGGCAGAUGAAGGACAAACUGUCUUCUUUUCCUGUAUACACUGCAGGUAUCAGGAGAAGGAGGACUCCUGAGAGAAAUCUGCUUAACCUUCUCCACUCCUCUCCAUGUCUGCUUGUGUUAGGGGUCAGAUGUUGUGGACUGCAGAGUAUAUCAGCGACUGUGCCUUUCUAAACUCAAAUUAGUUCACUAGUGCACAUACCUCUGCCAACAGCCAUGAACUACCAACCCCUGAGUCAGUACCAAAUUUCUAUGGUUUCUAUCUUGGUUUGCAUAUGUCUGUUGACAAUCCAAAAAAUAAAUGGACGGGAAGGAAAAUGUAAACUUCUUCGCAGAGGUAAUUAUUAGCAUUCAUGCAGUCAAAUCUGACUAAAUAAUCUCCGCUCAGAUUAUUAUUCACUUAAUAUCUUUUUUUCUAAAGCUUUCGUGUGCUUUACAGGUUCGUCAUCACGGAAGUUUUCUGUUUUCAUUGAAAAAGUAUAACCGAUAACAUAAGUAUAACUGAUGAUGAAUGUUUUGAGAUACAUUUGAAAACAAAAUUUUAUUUUACUUCAUUUAUAAUGUUUUUUAUAAAAUGAUAUUAAAACUAUUAUUGUGCGGCUUG